AACGAUCCUCCAUCAUUUCUUCUACAAUAUCCAAACGCGAAAGAAGGGUAUGCAUCUGGCCCUGUCUCCGAAGCCAACUCGAAAUGUGUCCCAACUCGAGGAGAGACCCCACGAGAAAAUCGUGGCUACUGAUGGCUGUCUGCACUUUUCCCUCGACACUCCACCCUUGAGGGACACGGGGACAUCCUCCAUUCGGAUUUUUGCCGCUUCGGUAGCUUCUGUUGCCCUCGCUACUAUUCCUUGCGUCUUUCGCCGUGAGGAACAGGAUAUUUGGAGUUGUUGGCGCUCUGGGUCUUCAAUUACAUUUCCGGUUUGCGAUCCCGCGACCUUGAAGACACCACCGAUCCCGCUACCUCCAGCACUGCUCCGAGUAUAUAACUGCGAAUCACUUCUCGUCGUUCUGUCGGGUGCGAUUGUUAUUCAUACAUCCUGCGUUCUUGGCCAAUUCCAGCAACCUCGAUGGAGGUCAAGAUACGUGUUGCCAGCUCUGGGCAUGCUGGCAUUUUCGCUUGUCCUCGGCAUGUUCAUGUCACUGGAUGCGCCGACUUUGUUCCUUCAGGCAUUACCGGUUGGAGUUGACCUAUGUAUGAUUGGUUCCUAUAUCGCGGAUAGUUUUGCACGUCAGGUC